GCCGCCGCGGCCGCCGAGUAGGUGCGUGGGGAUGAUCUCACUCGCGCGCUCGGCGCCAGGAGGAGGAGGAGGAGGAGGAGGAGGAGCGGGAGCAGACCCGACUUCCGGGUAGUGCCGCCGCCGCACGCCACCCGCGGCUUGCUUUUCCUCCCCCUCCCCCCCGCUGCACCCCUCGCCUCUCCCUCCUUGCCUUUAUUCCCGGCCCCACCUGCCGACAUGAACAGCUCGGACGAGGAGAAGCAGCUGCAGCUCAUCACCAGCCUGAAGGAGCAAGCCAUAGGCGAAUAUGAAGACCUCAGAGCAGAGAACCAGAAAACAAAAGAGAAGUGUGACAAAAUUAGGCAAGAACGAGAUGAAGCUGUUAAAAAACUGGAGGAAUUUCAGAAAAUUUCUCACAUGGUUAUAGAGGAAGUCAAUUUUAUGCAGAACCAUCUUGAAAUAGAGAAGACUUGUCGAGAAAGUGCUGAAGCUCUGGCAACAAAGCUAAAUAAAGAAAAUAAAACGUUGAAAAGAAUCAGCAUGCUGUACAUGGCCAAGCUGGGACCAGAUGUAAUCACUGAGGAGAUCAACAUUGAUGACGAAGAUGCCAGCACCGACCCAGAAGGCACUGCAGAAACGUGUGUCUCCGUGCAGUGUCAGAAGCAGAUCAAAGAACUUCGAGAUCAAAUUGUAUCGGUUCAGGAAGAGAAGAAGAUAUUAGCGAUUGAAUUGGAAAAUCUCAAGAGCAAACUUGUAGAAGUAAUGGAAGAAGUAAAUAAAGUUAAACAAGAAAAAGAUGUUUUAAAUUCAGAAGUUCUUGAACAGAGAAGAGUCUUAGAAAAAUGCAAUAGAGUGUCCAUGCUAGCAGUAGAAGAGUAUGAGGAGAUGCAAGUAAACUUGGAACUGGAGAAGGAUCUUCGAAAGAAAGCAGAGUCAUUUGCACAAGAGAUGUUCAUUGAACAGAACAAGCUAAAGAGGCAAAGCCACCUUCUGCUGCAGAGCUCUGCUCCUGACCAGCAGCUUUUGAAAGCUUUAGAAGAAAAUGCAAAACUCAUCCAGCAACUUGAAGAAGAGAGAAUUCAGCAUCAGAAAAAGGUGAAAGACUUAGAAGAGCAGCUAGAAAACGCAGCACUCCACAGAGAGAUACGCAGCCUCAAACAGCAGCUGGGGCUUCUGGAAGAGGAUAAAAGAGAACUGGAAUUGAAAUACCAGAAUUCGGAGGAGAGAGCCAGAGAUUUAAAGCAUUCUGUUGAUGAACUCCAGAAACGGGUGAACCAGUCUGAGAACUCUGUACCUCCGCCACCUCCUCCUCCACCGCCGCUUCCCCCUCCUCCUCCCAACCCUAUCCGAUCCCUCAUGUCCAUGAUCCGGAAGCGAUCCCAUCCCAGCGGCAGUGGUGCUAAGAAAGAAAAGGCAGCUCAACCAGAAACAACUGAAGAAGUCACGGAUCUGAAGAGGCAAGCAGUUGAAGAGAUGAUGGACAGAAUUAAAAAGGGAGUUCAUCUUAGACCAGUUAAUCAGACGGCUAGACCGAAGGCAAAGCCGGAAUCUUCAAAGAGCUCUGAGAGUGCCGUGGAUGAGCUAAAAGGAAUACUGGGGACACUUAACAAAUCCACUAGUUCAAGAAGCUUAAAAUCCCUUGACACAGAAAACAGUGAAACUGAGUUAGAAAGAAUUUUGCGUCGCAGAAAGGUGACAGCAGAAGCAGAUAGCAGUAGUCCAACCGGGAUAUUAGCCACCUCAGAGUCCAAAUCCAUGCCAGUGUUGGGUUCUGUAUCCAGUGUAACAAAAACAGCCUUGAACAAGAAAACUCUGGAGGCAGAAUUCAACAGCCCGUCCCCCCCAACACCUGAGCCAGGUGAAGGGUCGUGUAAAUUGGAAGGAUGCACAAGUUCCAAGGUUACAUUUCAGCCUCUCAGUAACGCUGGGUGCGAGAGCCAGUACUGUGGCAGUGAGCAGCAAGCUGGACCCGUUAUAGUUUUAGAUCCUGUUUCCACACACGAACCCCAAACCAAAGACCAGGUCACUGAGAAAGAUUCAACUCAACGCAAGGAUGACGGAGGCGAAACUAAACCAGAAGACAAAGAAGACAGCACCGACAAAAUGAAAGACACAGACAGCUCCCACUGCUGA